AUGUCGUCCGCCGCGGCGCCAGACCAGCCGCCGCGCCCCGUGCACUUCGGCAUCCUGGGCUGCGCCUCCAUCGCGCGCAAGCUGGCACGCGCCAUGCUGCUCGCGCCCGGCGCAGCCGUCGCCGCCGUCGGGAGCCGCUCCGAGGAGAAGGCCCGCCUCUUCGCCGCCGACAACGGCCUCGACGUCGCCGCCACCCGCGUCCACGGCUCCUACGAGGCGCUCCUCGACGACCCGGACGUGGACGCCGUCUACCUCCCGCUCCCCACCAGCCUCCACGUGCGCUGGGCCACCGCCGCCGCCGCGAGGGGAAAGCACGUGCUCCUAGAGAAGCCCACCGCGCUGUGCGCCGCCGACCUCGACGCCAUCCUCGCCGCCUGCGACGCCGCGGGGGUCCAGUUCAUGGACUCCACCAUGUGGAUGCACCACCCGCGCACCGCCAAGAUGCGGGAGACCGUCGACGACAAGGACGCCAUUGGGGACAUCAGAACGAUUAACAGUGUGUUCAGCUUCCGAGCAAACGAAGAUCUCCUCGAGAAUGAUAUCAGAGUAAAGCCAGAUCUUGAUGCCCUGGGUGCACUUGGUGAUGUUGGGUGGUACUGCAUCCGUGCAAUCCUGUGGGCUGUUGACUAUGAGUUGCCCAAGACUGUGAUCGCACUGCGUGACCCUGUAAAGAACCAAGCUGGCGUGCUUCUUGCAUGCGGGGCGACAUUGUACUGGGCAGAUGGCAGGACUGCUACCUUCAGCUGCUCUUUCCUGACCAAUCUCACCAUGGACAUCACCUUGGUUGGCACGAAUGGAACUAUCCAUGUCACUGACUUUGUCAUCCCAUACGAAGAGAAGUCGGCGGAGUUCCACGUGGCUUCGAAGUCAAGCUUUGCUGACCUCCACAUUGGAUGGAAUCCUCUGCCAAGCAAACACGUCGUGGCGACGGACCUGCCACAGGAAGCCCUUAUGGUCCAGGAAUUCGCAAGGCUCGUGCAGGGCAUCCGGGAUGCUGGAGGCAAGCCUGAGGGGAAGUGGCCGGCUAUCACCCGGAAGACGCAGCUGGUUUUGGAUGCUGUGAAAGCCUCGAUUGACAAAGGGUCUGAGCCAGUUGAGGUGGCUAGUUAA